AGCCCCCGGGCCAGCACCCAGCUGUGGGAUUGUCCGGUGAACCUGUAUAUAAGCGCGGAGGGUCCAGCAUAAGCACCAAUACAAGGAGACGCAAGAAGACCACCUAGGACCAUGAAGGGACUUGUGCUCAGCUUCGCCCUCGUCGCCCUGUCCGCCCUGUGUGUCUACGGGGAUGUGCCCAUACAGCCGGACUUCCAGGAGAACAAGAUUCUAGGGACGUGGUUCGGCAUAGGCCUGGCCUCCAACUCCAACUGGUUCCAGUCCAAGAAGCAACAGCUUAAGAUGUGCACGACCGUCAUCACCCCCACUGCUGAUGGGAACCUCGACGUCGUCGCCACCUUUCCCAAGCAGGACCAAUGUGAAAAGAAGAGCAUGACCUACAUCAAGACGGAAGAGCCCGGCCGCUUCCUGUCCAAGAGUCCACGCUACGGCAGCAACCACGUGAUCCGCGUGGUGGAGUCCAACUACGAUGAAUACACCCUGAUGCACACCAUCAAGACCAAAGGCAACGAGGUCAACACCAUUGUGUCUCUGUUUGGAAGAAGCAAGACCCUGAGACCCGACCUCCUGGAGAAAUUCCAGAAAUUCGCUAAGGAACAAGGACUGACCGACGACAACAUCCUCAUUCUGCCUCAGACUGAUAGCUGCAUGUCAGAAGUGUAAGAGAGAGAAGAGUCAGUACCUUCAUGUCUCCACUAGAUGGCGUCUAUGAUAUAGCUGGAGUUAGCACGCUACUGUAAUGUCUGUACAUGUCUGCACACAAUAAACUGCAUGAUUCCCCA